AUGGCAGGUAAAGGUGGAGGAAAAAAAAUGACUAAAAAGAAAAGAGGGAAAUCCACAGGACCUCAAAAAUCUGAUGCUCUUGUUGUUGAAGAUCAUGUGGAAGAGCUAUCAGAAGGGAACAAUAGUGAUGAUCUGUGUGAAACCCCCUCUAAAGGAAUGAAAGGCCAAAAAAGAAAGCGUCCAUCUACUGAAGUUGGAGUCGCCAGUAGAACUAGAGCUAGAAAUGCGGUAUUAAAUAGGAAUGAAACGGUAUGA